AUGGUGUUAUUGAACACCUGGGUGCUUGAGGAGAAGAUCAUCACCUUUGUGAAGAAUGAGCUGAAGAGAUUUGAGAAGAUUGUGAGUCCAGAUUACCAAGAACACUUUGAGGGUAAAGAGCAGGAUGAGAGUGAUGCCAGAGAAGGGGCUCUUAAGAUGGCACUGCACUUCCUGAGGAACAUGAAGCAGAAUGAAAUUGCUGAGAAACUGCAAGAAAAUGAACAUGACGUGGUUUGUCAAACAGAGCUGAGGAAAAAUCUCAAGAACAAGUACCAGAGUGUAUUUGAAGGAAUACCCAAGCAAGGCAGCUCUGCUCUGCUGGAAAAGAUCUACACAGAGGUCUACAUCACAGAGGGAGGAAGUGGGAAAGUAAAUGAGGAGCAUGAAGUCAGGCAGAUUCAGUCCAUCUCCAAGAGACCAGCUGGACAGGAGACACCAAUCAAAUGCAGAGACAUCUUUAGGCCCCUACAUGGCCAAGACAAACCAAUCAGAAGUGUCAUCACGAAGGGAGUAGCUGGCAUUGGCAAAACUGUCUCAGUUCAGAAAUACAUCCUGGACUGGGCUGAGGGGAAAGAAAACCAGGAUGUCCACUUCAUAUUUCCACUGCCUUUUAGGGAGCUCAACAGCAUGAAAGAAAAUCAGCUCUCUUUGAUGGAUCUUCUCCAAACCUUUUUCUCAGAAACAAAGCAGUUAACUUUUCUCAGCAAGGGGAAGUACAAAGUGUUGUUCAUCUUUGAUGGUCUGGAUGAAUGUCGACUCCAACUAGACUUUCAGAAAAAUGAAAUUUGGACUGAAGUGACAACAGCCACUUCAUUAGAUGUUCUGCUGAGAAAUCUCAUCAAGGGUAAUCUGCUUCCCUCUGCCCUCCUUUGGAUCACGUCCCGACCAGCAGCAGCCAAUCAAAUUCCUCCGCAGAAUGUUGACCGGGUCACAGAAGUACAAGGAUUCAAUGACCCUCAGAAGGAGGAAUACUUCAGGAAGAGAAUCUGUGAUCAGACUCUUGCCAACAAAGUCAUCUCUCACAUUAAAUCAUCAAAAAGCCUCCACAUUAUGUGUCACAUACCAGUGUUUUGCUGGAUUGCAGUUACUGUGCUUGAAAUCGUUCUCAAGAAUGAAAGCGGAAAGCAAGUUCCAAAGACUUUGACAGAGAUGUACACAUAUUUCCUUGUUUUUCAAACCAAGCAAAAGAGUCUAAAGUUUGAUGGAGUUUAUGACACUGAUCCACAGUGGAACCAGGCUAGUCUCCUUGCUCUUGGAAAGUUGGCCUACAACCAGCUGGAGAAAGGCAACCUGAUCUUUUAUGAAAAUGACCUGAGAGAGAGUGGUAUAGAUGUCAGAGAGGCAGCAGUACACUGUGGCAUUUGCACCCAGAUCUUUCAGGAAGAGUCAGGCCUUCAUCAGGAAAAGGUGUACUGCUUUGUGCAUCUGAGCAUCCAGGAGUAUCUUGCAGCUUUGUAUGUGAUCCUGAUGUUUAUAACUGAAAGAAAAGAUAUCAUGUCCCCACAGAAAGCCCCCAGAACAGUCCACAGCCCAGAGCACAUAGCCAUGACCACCUUACAGAAGAGUGCUGUGGACAAAGCCAUGAAACAGAAAGAUGGACACUUUGAUCUUUUCCUCCGUUUCCUGCUUGGACUCUCUCUGGAAUCCAAUCAGAGACUCCUGCGUGGCCUAAUAAAGGAAGUACAAGAUGAAAGCAAAGAGGAAAUAGGCAGCUACAUUAAGACAAAGAUCAGGGAGAUGCCAUCAUCAGAAAGAGUUCUCAACCUCUUCCACUGUCUGAAUGAAGUCAACGAUCACUCCUUAGUGGAAGAGGUCCAGCGCUUCUUGAGUGCAGGGACACUUUCUGAAGCCAAACUCUCAUCCACACAGUGGUCAGCCCUCGUGUAUGUGCUUCUGACAUCAGAAGAAAAGCUUGAUGUGUUUGACUUGAAGAAGUACAUUUUGUCUGAUGAAUGUCUUAUAAGACUGCAGCCAGUUGUGGAGGAGUCCCAAAAAGCUCUGCUCAACAGUUGUGGGCUCACUGAGAGGAGCUGUACAGGUCUGGCAUCUAUCCUCAAUAAAGCGUCUUCAAAACUGAAACAUCUGGACCUCAAUGGCAACAGUAUUGGAGAUAAUGGUGUCCAAGAAUUGUGUAGUGGACUGCGUAACCCGAACUGUGCACUGGAGAAACUCAGGCUCUCUUACUGCAGUAUCACAGAGAAGGGAUAUGCUAGUCUGGCUUCAGCCCUGAGGUUAAAUCCCAAAUACCUCAGAGAGCUUGAUCUCAGAGGAAAUGAUCCAGGGAAAUCAGGAGUCAAACUGCUUUUAGACCUGAAGGAGGAUCCACAGUGUACACUGAGAAAUGUCCACUUCCUGAAGAGUAGUGCUGCUGAGGAAGACUGUGCUGCUGUGGCUUCAGCUGUGGGUUCAAACCCCUUACUCAUGACUGAGCUGGAUCUGAGUGGACGCAUACCAGGAGUCUUGGAAGUGACUCAGCUGUGUGCUUUACUGCAGGUACAGUGA